AUGAGUGGCAUGUUUGAGAAUUGGUUGUUCAAGCUUGUGUCAGCCCUCCAGAUGAGAGAACAAGAUGCCAAUGUGAUUGUGGUGGAUUGGCUGCCAUUGGCCCAUCAGCUUUAUAUGGAUGCUGUCAACAACACCAGAGAAGUGGGUUCUAUCAUUGCCAAGAUGCUCAACUGGCUACAGGAGAAGGAGCAUUUUUCUCUUGAGAAUGUUCACUUAAUAGGCUACAGUCUUGGAGCUCAUGUUGCAGGAUAUGCUGGAAACUUUGUGCAGGGGACCAUAGGCAGGAUCACAGGUUUGGAUCCAGCUGGCCCCAUGUUUGAAGGAACAGACAUCAACAAGCGGCUCUCCCCAGAUGAUGCACACUUUGUUGACGUCCUCCACACAUACACUCGUUCCUUUGGCUUGAGUAUCGGCAUCCAGAUGCCCGUGGGCCACAUUGAUAUUUAUCCCAAUGGGGGUGACUACCAGCCGGGUUGUGGGCUGAAUGACGUUUUAGGAUCACUUGCUUAUGGAAAGCUGCUUCCACACCUGCACUGGAUCGGGGAAGAACACUUUGAGCUUGACAUGGCGGUGUCCCCUGAGAGCCCGGUGCUGAAGGAAGAGAUCCUGAUGCUGUCAGUGAGCUGUGCAGAAGAACUCACUCAUACAGCGUGUCAGACACUUUAA